AAACUACCUUUUACCUUAUUCCAAAGUACAAUAAAUUGCAAUUGCCGGUAAUUGUCCGCCGUGCUUUUGAGUCAAAGAGAUGGGGACAGAAACAGAAACCUCUAAAGACACCGGAGAAAUCGAGCCACUGUUACAGGACUCAACUGAUGAGCCUGAAUCCGACCCUAAGCCCAACCCUAAUCCGAGAACCGUGAAAACGAAAGUACCCGAAGUAGAGAUCCGUUUGUACCGACAAGGCAAGGGUCCGAUCGACGUGUUCAAGUCGAGCUUGGGAGGGUGGGACCAGAACCAGCUGGAGGUUCGAGAUAUACUUGAGAAAUACGGGUUGAAAUCGAUUUACGCUUUCAGUACCCAGUCGGGUCGCGGCGUCCCAAUCCGAUUUCAUCCGAGAAACGGAAGGUCUAUACUUGGAUACAAGGACGGAUCGGUGGUUCACAUUGACGGCGAACCAAAGGAUUCAUUGAUCAAACCUAUAACCAAAAUAUUGGUGGGAAUAGCAGCUCUUACACUUCUCAUAACUUUACUAGUGAAGGAUACUCCCAAAUGGAUGAAGAAAUUCAACAUUUCGGUAGGAGAUUUCCCUCCUUGGGUCCUCGCUUGCGUUGUUAUCGUUUUCACACGUAUGAGAAAGAGGACGAAGGAAGCCUUGAAGAAGUUUGGUUGGUGAAUGGAGGCACUCGUGAAGCCAUUUUGUAAGCCCAAUAAGAUACUGAAGAUUGUAAAAUCUUGUGCUUUUCUAAGUUGUUUUGCCUAGAAAAUAUGUUGGUCCUUGUGGAACACUAGUAAAAUAAUAGUGGAAAUCAAACUCAUUUGUAGUAAAGGGGAGACGGUCACUUUAUUACAGUGACAUCCAUGAUGACAUCUCUCUUUUCUUA